AUGAUGAUGCAACCAUCCACGAUCGCUGAGAAAAAGGAGGACGACCAGCAGCGCAAGGGAUGGGCCGGCUUGGGCGUGGUGUACGUCCUCCUCUCCACGGGGGCAUUCUCCUUGGCGUCUACUUUGCUGAAAAGAAGUGCCGCAAAGUGGCACCCCUUCACCGUCGGGGUGGUCACAUUUCCAGUAGCCACGCUGUUCUUUGUACCGUUUCUUGUGCAUGGGAUCGCUUCGCCUACUUCAUUAAUGGUGGGACUCACACCGUGGAGGAAAAAUAAAACGGCAAUUUUCUUUGUGGCGAUUCGCACCUUUGCCAGCAGCAUAAUUCCCUUUGUGGUCAUCUGGUCACUUCAGUAUAUUUCUGUCGGAGAUAUGCGAACGAUUUUGGCCGCUUCUGUCAUUACGGUCCAUUUCGCGGGGUGGUUGUGUCUGGGCGAAGGGUGUGGCGUUGUCCCUACGUUGGCCGCAAUUAUGGCCAUGAUCGGUAUUGGUGUCAUGACAAGACCGCCAAUCCUGACCGGGAAGGAUGAUUUCGAUCAGGAAACAGUGAUUGGUGUUGCCAUAGCGUCCUUCGCCAUGAUAAUGAUCACCGUGGUGAUCGUGGUGGUGCGAUGGCUGCAAAUUGUUCACCAUGCCAUGCUCAACUUCACCUUGUAUGUUUGGGCUUCCGUGGAAAGUAUCGUGCUCGCCGUGGUCUUCAACACAUUGGAGGAAUUUACCACGAACCAAACGAGUUGGGAGGAUAUUGGCAUCAUGUCCACGAUCGGGGUGGCGUGGGCCGUAGGGAAUUUGUUCUUAGUUCUCGGACUACAAGUUGAGGAGGCUGGUAUUGUUGGAUUAAUUAAAACGUCCGAGGUAGUUUUUACCUUCGGGUGGCAAUGGAUUCUUAUCGGACUUCCGCCGGAUUGGAUUAGUUUGUUAGGUGCCCUGCUUGUCGUCAGCGGAGUUAUUGCCGUUAUUGCAAGAAAAUUGGUACAGUCACUUCCGGAGACGAGUCCAAAGAGGAAAGCAUUCAAUUUUCUGCUCGCAUAA